GAGCGAGCGGGAGGGCUGUAGCGCGCGCGGAGCAGCAGCCCAGUCAAACUGCAGCGCGAGCUGUCCACGGUGCUGAACCAUGAACCAGACUGCAGGAGCGUCCAACCAGUGCCGGAGGCGCUCCUCAGGCAGCAUCAAGGAUUUUGCAGAUGUGGGUCCAGAUAGGAACUGGAAGGGGAUUGGUAUCUCUCUACUGGUGAUCGCGGCGGUGCUGUCUGUAAUCGGCCUCUCCAUUUUCCUUCUGUCUAAAGAUGAUGGCUCUAAGGCUCUGGGAUCUCAUUUGACCGUGGACGACCUCUUUCUUAAAGAGUUUCAGGUUCAUACCCCCGAGGCACAGUGGGUCAGCGCGGUGGAGAUCAUCUACAAGAGCAGAGACGGGAACGUGAUGAAAGCAGCCCUUCACACCAAUCAGACUGAGCUCCUAAUGAAAAACACUACAUUUGCAACAUUUAAAGCGUCCAAGUUUGCAGUUUCUCCAGAUCUCAACUAUGUUCUCCUAACAUACGACAUCAAAAAGGUGUAUCACUACUCCUUCCUUGCAUCCUACGUGAUCUACAAUUUGCAUACCAGAGAGGUACAUGAGCUGAACCCCCCUGAGGUGUCAGAUUCUGUUCUACAGUUCGCAUCAUGGGGAGUUCAGGGGCAACAGCUGAUUUACAUCUUUGAGAAUAACAUUUAUUACCAGCCUGAGGUAAAGAGCAGUUCUCUCAGACUGACAUCAUCGGGGCGAGAUGGACUAGUAUUUAAUGGUGUUCCUGACUGGCUGUAUGAAGAGGAGGUGCUGCAUUCACCAGUAGCUCACUGGUGGUCACCAAAGGGUUCCAGUCUAGCCUUCCUGACCAUCAAUGACACGCUUGUACCCAAUAUGCUGCUGCCACGCUUUACUGGGACCCUGUACCCACGAGGAAUACACUACCCUUAUCCAAAGGUUGGUCAGGUAAACCCUACAGUAAAGCUGAGUGUAGUUAGCCUGGAUGGUUCAUCUCACACCAAAGAGCUUCUGCCUCCAAGCAGCCUGGAGAAAAGUGAGUACUAUAUAAGCAUGAUACGGUGGGUGACUGAGGACUGUGUUGCUGUGCGCUGGCUGAACAGAGCUCAAAAUACAUCCAUCCUUACUCUGUGCUACAUACACACCGGAGAGUGUAUACGGAAACAUGUCAUGACUUCAGACAAGUGGAUCGACCGGCAGAAUGAAGAACCUGUGUUCUCUCAAGAUGGAACAACAUUUUUUAUGACAUUACCCAUAAAGCAUGGCAGCCAUGGAUCCUUUCACCACAUCACAAUGAUGUCAGAACAGGGUACAGGCGCAGAAGUCAAUAUCCGACACCUGACCUCUGGCAGCUGGGAGGUCACUAAAAUUCUGGCCUAUGACGAAAGUCUGAACACAGUAUAUUACCUCAGCACAGAGGGUGGAAUCUCUUACCGGCACCUAUACAGGGUGAGCACUGUGGAUCCAUUCCAUCGUGAAUGUUUGACGUGUUUUCUAUUCAAACCUCACUGCUCCUUCUACGAUGCUUCCCUGAGCCCAGAUUCACAAACAGUCCUGCUGCACUGUGCAGGGCCUGGUGUUCCCAAAACUACUGUACACCUGCUCAGCAACAUUACCCGCCACAUGACUCUAGACUCUGGUUUGGAGUUCAGAGAAUCACUUCGACAGAGAAGAAUCCCCCGCAGAGAGAUCAGGAAUUUACUCCACAAUAACCAAGUGCUGCGGCUGGAGCUCAGCUUCCCUCUGGAUUUCGAUGAGAACAAUCAGCACCCCCUGCUCCUCAUACUUGACACAUCCCCUGGUGGACAGCAGGUCAGUGAUCGCUUUCGUCUGGACUGGGACUCUGUACUGGUCAGCUCAUAUGACGUCAUUGUGGCUCGCGUGGACGGCAGAGGGAGCGGCUUCCAAGGUCAAAAGAUCCUGCAGGACGUGCACAAGCGUCUGGGAGUGGUGGAGGUCCAGGAUCAACUCGCUGCUUUGGAGUAUCUUGUGAAACAGCCAUACAUUGAUGGGAGCAGAGUUGGUGUGUAUGGAAAGACAUACGGUGGGUUCCUGAGCUCUCUCCUCCUCCUGGCUCAUGGAUCUCUGUUCAGCUGUGGUGUUGCUAUGGCUCCUGUGACUGACUGGAGGCUCUACGGUUCUGCAUUUUCAGAGCGCUACUUUGGAUUCCCAGCCAAGGAUGAGCUCAAAUAUCGGAUCUCCAGUCUGCUGCCAAACAUCACCGGCUCAGAGCGGAUGAAGUUUCUGAUCCUGCACGGCACGGCUGACGCAUCUGUUCAUUUUCAGCACUCAGCUGAGCUGGUGAAGCAGUUAUCUGCAUAUAAUGUAAACUACACACUGCAGAUCUUUCCGGAUGAGGGUCACGACAUCAGCAGCAGACACUACAUGCUGAACUCGGUCAUCACCUUUUUCCGGGAAUGCUUCUAUGACAACAGUCCAGUUACCGUGGAAACCAGGGAGGACGACUAGCCGACUCUGUUGCUAGGGAUGAUCCGUGCUGGCCCGCGGAGUGGGCUGGAUUUAGGAAGAUGGCUGCAGUAACAAGCCUCCCUCACACGGACGACUUUAUUCUAAUCUCACCUGACCCUCUCCUGCCCGCCAGGGGCCAGAAAGGAGCUCUGCUGAGGUGGACUAUCAGACACAACCGUGGCGGAGACACACUGAGCCACACACUGUGGGACUGUGUCAGAGGAAUGAGUGUGUUUUUAAAAUAGAGCUUUUGGAAGGACAGACGGAGAGUCAGUGGACACUGUGUUUGAAUGAGAGCAGACAGUUAUAAAUAAUCUUUCUCCACUUUAACAACAGAGGGCACAUAAAAAUUACCCCUAAUAUAACUAACAAACACCCUUUUGGGGGACGAAAACAUGAAAUUGAUCGUCAGUAAGUUGUGGGCUUUUGCUGAGAAUGUGUAUUUACACUGAGCAUGAAGAAGAGUACUUUUAAAAUGCGUAUAAUUUCAUUAUAGAGUGGUUGAAUCUGGUUAUUUUAUCAAGGACUCUGACUUACUCUUUUUUAGCUUGCCAGCUCUCUACAAUUCUGAUUUUGUAUCUUUUUUAACAGUGCGUGAAAGAGUAGAUGAAGAAUGAGUUCUAUAAUGGUGGUUUUACAUGUAUUGUACUACUACACAUGGGGGAUGGUGAGCUAGCUGUAGCAUGGCCUCCAGUCUGUUGUGUUUAUCCUAAGUUAUCUGGACAGCAAUGGUGAGAUGCGUGGCUGCUUUUGCCUCAUUAAACACCUGUGUUCUGUGUGUGCCUCAAGAGAAGCCAGGAACCUGUGUAUUUUACCUGCCAGCUGCUCCACCACACACUUUUCACCCAUUACAGUUUGCCAUUCUGAUUUCUCCAUGUUCGCAGUAGCUCUUGUAUCAGCACCAUUAGCAGCACCACACUUACUCUGGUCAUCAGCAAAAGCUGUUGGAACAUGUGAUGUGGCCAGAAAAUGCCGAAUUACACUAUUGUGAAUAAAAGAAUAUUAUAUCAUUUCGUACAUUAUAUUUGUUGGUAAACUGUGCAUUUUCUUAAUGAUCCUGGUCUUUUUUUUUUUUCAGAACAGUGUUGAAAAAGUGCUGUAAGACAUCAUAUAUUCACACCUCUCCAGACCAAUGUAUCAGUUAUGUGUAUUACUUAGAUGUGGGGUCAUUGUCACAGCCUGGUUCAUACAUUGCACAUAACCCAACCCAAAUGUGAAAAACUGUAGCACAAAAAAUAUAAAACAUGUAUUCUGUUUGUGUAUUUUCUUUUAUUUAUGAUGAAUUGUUUUAUUGUUUUUUUAUUUGUAUGUAUUUAUUUUAUUUCAGUCUGUUUCUAAGCUUUAUAAACCCACAGAAAACUGCCUAAAUGGUGUGAGAAGAGCUCUGUGAUACUGAUGAACUGUGAUAUUUAACUCCAGUUAUACUGAUGAAGAUGACUGACUGUUGCUUGCAGCAUUUUUACUAAUUACUGUUCUUUCUAUUCCUAAACUAAUCCUGGCAGUCUAGACUGUUUUGCACAUAUCUUUGUAUCACAGCCAUUAAAAGAAUACCAAGAAUACAGACAUAUGCAUAUACAGGUGUCCCACUCUGUCAGGUGCUAAUUGAGGUGGUUGCAUAAGCAUUUUGAUCUUAUAUAAACACUGAUCAGCCAUAACAUAACCACCCUCUCUUGUUUCUGCAGUCAGUGUCAAUUUUUCAGCUUUAUUGAGAGUAUAGGAGCAUUUGGACGUUCUGUCAUUAUAGACUAUAGGUCAUCUAUUUUCCUGCAUUCUUUAUUACUAUCACUUUAUACUUAGACCCGACAGGACCACCACAGAGCAGGUAUGAUUUUGAUUGAUCAGUAUAUUAUAUAUAUAUAUAUAUUUUUUUUUGUCUUUCUCUUAAAUAUGCUUUAUUAAUAUAUUACAAAUGUCACAUAUUUUAUUUUUUGUUCUUGCAAUGAUGACAUGCACACACGUCUUUCAAUAAACCAUAUUUAUGUGA